AUGCUUGGGAGAGGAUUUUCAUCAUUAAGAGCCGUAAAUUCCUUAAAGAAACCGGUAUGCGAUGCUUUGAAUGCUUUCCAAGAACUCUUUCUUGCAUAUGAUCUGAAAAAAGUGUGACCUGCAAGCUGCUCUCCUACACUGACAGUAGAGUAGACAUUACUCUUGCUAGGAUUGGUUUUGAUUCCAACAGUUGAUGCCUUGUUCUAAAAUUGUGCCUAUUCAAAGGCGUUCUACCUUUUCGUCCAUUUAUGAAAAUUUACAGAAGUGUUUUAAGAGUUUGAAUAAUCAAGGGUUGAUUGUGAGCGUAGAAACUGGCUCGUUCGUUCCCUUAUGGUUCUACGACAGAUCACAUGAGGGAAGUCAGGCGAACCUAAUAAAAAAUGAAGUUAUAUUCACUUUGUUGAUUUAUGGUUUUCAGUUUGUAGGGUGGCUUACUGGCUCAAGGGGAUUAGCAAAUCAAGUGAAUGAAGCCGAAUUUGAGCUAUCAGUAAGUAUCUUCCGCCAAUUCGGUUCACUGUUGUACUGGUAAGGAAAUAUUACAGUAUACUUAAAGUUUCUCUAGACAGGUAAUCAAUUGACAGAUCGAUCAAAUAAUCGCACAUAUUUCAAGCAUGUUUUACAAACACAAACAUACAUUUACCUAUAAAAGGUUGUGAAGUUAAACUAACAUACAUGUACCUACGUACAUACAGAAUAUUUAUUAAUACUAGUAGUCGAGCUAACAUACACAACUUCCCUAUUAAGCUGAAUUCUACAAGUAUUUUGAUUGGUCAUUACUCAUGAUCUAUUGAUCUAUCAGAGGAAAGAUGUAUAGACUGCAUCACCUUAACAACCUUUUUGCUCUUUCAUUAUGUAAGAGCAUUAGACUCCAUGUUACUCUGUUUUGAACAAACAUGGAAUCUAUUUGGUAAAUGCAUCUGAUUGUGUUUGAUUUCUACAAUUACCUAACCCUUUCACUCCCGAGGUCUGAUCGUCAAUUCUCCUCUCUAGCUGUUAUACAUUUCCUUGUAAGUUAGUACCAUAGUGUUAGAUCAAGACAGUAACUCCUUCCUGAUAAGUUGGAGUAUUCGCAGUACCUGUUUGUCAGAUAAUAUUUGCAUGGAUAUCAUAGGGAGGGGUUACAUAUGAAUCACCUCUGGGAGUUAGAGGGUUAAAAGGUUCAAUUAGGGCAUCAUUGGUGCUUCUGUGAAUAAGUUGUUAACCUGUGUGAAAAUACUUCAUUUAAUACAUAUACAUUAACUUAUAUUGGGUCAGUAAAAUUGUUAAGAUAACCAACCAACCAUAAAAAUAAAAACAAAAAAUAAAUAAAUAAAAUAAAUAAAUGAAUAACAUACAGAUAUACAGAUAUAUAAAAUAAUGAUUUAAAAGUUAAAUAAAGAAAACUAUAUAAACUAUAAACAUCUCUUGUUCAAUAAAAGCUGAUGACCUAUCUUUACCUAAUAUCUCCCAAAUGCGUUCUUUUCAGGACUCUCCACUCCAUCUUUUAGAUAGUGGUCCUCCCAAAAAAGCUGUACUGACCAGAGAAGAUGGUCUACACUAUUACAAAGAGAUGCAGAUCAUUCGGAGAAUGGAGACAGCUGCUAGUACUUUAUAUAAGUCAAAAAUCAUCAGGGGUUUCUGUCAUUUGUACUCAGGGCAGGUGAGUUCAUCAAAGAUCUCUUAUCAAAGGGUAUCAUUACCUCAGACUGCAACAACCAUUGAUGUGAUAGCUAGUAGGAUAGGAUUUUUAAAAACUAACCAGUAUCAUUUGGGUUCAGACAAAAAAAUUUCUCAUUGUAAUAUCAUUUAUGAACUCUUUAAACCCUAAAAUUAGACUUCAAGCAGUCCCUCCUGUUCAGAAAACAAAAUGCAGUGCAAAAAAACUCGAUGUUAGCUGGUAGCAGGGAGCCCCCGAAGUGAUGUCAAUUGCUGCAGGAGCUCCAUGGACUCAUGCAAUGGACUUUGCCAAAAAGGAGAGACUGCUUGAAGUUUAUCUCAAUAUCAGUAAGCAUAUUCUCCAUACUUUUGUUACAUUUCCCAAGGUGCUACCAAGGAGAAUUUGCUUAUUAAUCAAGAGUUUCUGUAGUUGUUGAUCAUUUUUAUUAUUCUUAAGCCCUUAAUGUUUGAUUUCAUGGGUGAUAUUGAAAGAGAAAUUAUAUGCUGGUCACUCUUAGUGGUUAAAGCGUUAAGAUCUGAUUGUUUAAUUGGCCCCUAUUAGUCCUUAAAUUCACAUAUUUUUGUAAAUAAGUUACAAGAAUUUUGGUUUUAGAUCAAGAUAACAACAAUAAGCAAAUAUGAAAAAAGUUGAUAAAUUUGAGUAUUCUCAUGACCUGUUUCAACCAGAUUUAAUGUUUGGAAAUUGGGAGAAUUUAUAACAUGUUAAUCAAACUUGAAACAAGCAAAACAUUAAAAUUAACUUUAUUUCACAACAUAAGGUACAAAAUGAAACUUACCAGUAAAACUAGUCAAUAAUUUAAUUGCUUGUCAAGACAUGUUCUGUAUGUGUUGUUGUUUUUAAAUGUUAAUAAUUUUUUAUCCAGUUUUAAUUUCUAUAUGGGUAUUAAAUUGUGUGUCUAAAUUCAGCAAGAAUUUCUAUUUGGAGGUCUUUAAUUUGGCAAUUUUUUCACAAUCAGGAAAAAUACGAAAUUAAGUACCAAAAAAGUACCUUAGAAUGACCAACCUCCAUGCAUUCAGGAGCUUACAAAUAAUUUUAUUCAGUUGCCAUUAGCCCUUUCAACUGAUAUAAAAUGCUGUGGAUAAGUUUUUUCAAUAUUUUUUUUGUGAUGCCUUAUUGCUCAUUCCUCUUAGGAAGCAUGCUGCAUUGGAAUGGAUGCUGCUAUGGACAAGAAUGACAGUCUGAUCACUGCUUAUCGUUGUCACGGUUGGACUUACUUGAAAGGAAUAUCAGUGAAAGAAAUACUCUGUGAAUUAGCUGGUAAUAUAUACAAUUGGUCAUCACUUUUUUGUGUAAUGCCUGAAAAAAUUUUGUGCUAAUGUUAAGAUGAAAAGAUGGCCGUAUGCCAAGCUGUUGAGUUAGCACUUAGAGGAUCAACAAUUGCGAUUGGUUGCUAUCUAGUUCAGAGUUGUUCCUCUUGAUUUACAACAACUCUUUGGGUAAUGAAUAUCUUAAAGCAUACAUAUUUGUAUUAUAUCUAAUGCAGUUCUUCAUAAGAUACCUGCAUUGCAGGUCCAUCCUAGAAGAAGUGAAGGAUGAGUUUACAAUAACUAUGAAAUUAUUUUUGAUUAUGAAUCCUUGAAUUCAGGUAUGGUUUCUAUUUAUUUAACACAAUUUUAUCUCUUAAGGUCGUAAGACAGGUUGUUCUAAGGGGAAAGGAGGCUCUAUGCACAUGUAUGGUUAUGAGUAUUAUGGUGGAAAUGGAAUUGUUGGUGCACAGGUCUGUACAAGCAUUAUGUUAACCCUUUACACCCUAACAUCAGUAUGCAUAUUCUUCAUACUGUUCUCCAUACAUUUCCUAAGGUGCUGACAAGGAGAAUUUGUCCAACAUUUAAGAGGUUCUUUAGUUGCGUAUCACAUCCUAUUACUUUUGUGACCUUAAUGUGUAAUUUAGCGAUGACAUUGUGAGGAGAAACUAGAUGCUAGUCACCCAGAGGUGUCCUUGGGUUAAACAAAUUUUAGUCACAUCACUGUAUAGUAUCAUCAGUAUGUAUUUGGAUUUUUUAAUAACCUUCACACCCAUCCAAAGGUUGAGCAAAGUGAUGUAGCAUUAUUUAUAGAUAAGCUUCAUGUCUAAUUUUUAACCAAAAAAUUGUUAAGCUUGUGCAGGAAUAGCAUUGCUUAAUAGGUUUACCAUUUAGCACAAUUUCAACUUAUUAAUAAAAAGUAAUCUGGGAUUGCUUUGGUUUUGCUUUUCUUCCCUCAGUUAAUAGUUCAGAAAAUUCAACCCGCUUUCUCAACCAUUUAGUGUGACAGGUCUUGACAAUGUGGUCACUCAAGUUUCCCACACUCAUGGGCUCCUUGUGGUAUUUUCCUGUGCUCUGAUUGUUUAUUGGGUUUGGUUUUGUGUCACUCAAUAAAACUGCAUGCAAUAUGGUUGUGUUACUUUAGGUUCCACUGGGUGCAGGAAUUGCCUUAGCUCACCAGUACAGAGGAAAUGGACAAAUAUGUGUUACAUUAUAUGGCGAUGGUGCUGCAAAUCAGGGCCAGGUUAGAACAUAACACUAGUUCAUACUAGACUCUUGAAGGAUCGGUGCACACGUCCAAUUGGUGCAAAUGUCCAUCUUAAGAACUAUGAUGAAUUUACAAGAUUAGAUAGUAUAGAGAAUACAGUGUACUUUGUUGACCCCUAGCAGGAAAUGAUGGCAGUUGAAGGGUCUUUUUUUUUUAACUGUCAGCUAGCCAGAGUGUAGCCUUAAAUAAAUUCCAAGACGUAAUUGGGGAGUUUGGUUGUCCUUGGAAUUGUUAACUUUUUUCAAGGCUUGAAUCUGCUUGCCAAAAGCUCUUUAUUUUCAUAUUAUAAUGGUACAUGUUGUUUUCCUCAUUGAUUUUUAUUGUCCUUUUCUAUUGUAUGAUAAACUGAUUUUAAAAUUUCAUAGUUAGGGUAUAUUUUCUUUUGGCAAAUAAAAACUUUUGCAUAAGUGCAGUAUGAGCAGCUCAAGCCAGUGGAUUUCUAUAACAAAAGGAAAGAAAUGUGUUCCUUUUUGAUUCCAAGAGAGGUUUAAGAACUACUAGGCACUAUUAUGGAUAAGUACCUGAUUCAUUUGCUUACCUCAAAGGUGUUUGAAACCUAUAACAUGGCUAAACUCUGGAAUCUGCCAUGCAUCUUUGUGUGUGAGAAUAAUGGAUAUGGCAUGGGUACAUCAGUUGAAAGAGCAGCUGCUACCACUGAAUACCACACAAGGGGAGACUUCAUUCCUGGAAUUAAAGUAUGUUACACUAAACUGAAAUUUAACAGCAGUAAAAUUUUGUGUGGUGGAUUUGUAGACAAUGAUAAUGUUUUCUUUGUUGAAGGACCUACCUUUUGCAGCAAUAGCAAUGAUUUAUUUUUUUCACCUUACAGGUUGAUGGUAUGGAUGUUCUAACAGUGAGAGAGGUCACAAAAUUUGCUGCAGAUUAUGCACGAUCAGGAAAGGUAGUGCAUUAUGAAAGUAGUGCUUUGAUCACCAGAGAGCUAACAGUGUAACUUGGUACAGCCAGGAAAUCUGCCUGCUCUGAACAAUGGGUUGUUUUUUCCUUUGCUUGGGUAGUCCUGUCUGCUUUGUGACAGGCACUUAGUUGACAUGACAGCUACAUAUGUUUUAAUUGUGAAACAUGCAUGGAAGUGAGGAGCAAAAGAUAUGAAGGGAAUUGUGAAGUAGCAAUUACAGUAGCCCUUUGGCAUAAUGGUGAUUUCCUGAAUGAGAAAUUUAUUAUGUUAGCGACACAUGUGCAAAGAGAUGCUCACAGUUAGUGAGUAUAACGUUGUCAAAAUUUAAGUAAACGUUCUUUUUCCUCUAGGGUCCAAUUGUUUUGGAGCUGGCUACAUAUCGUUAUUAUGGGCACAGCAUGAGUGAUCCUGGCACAAGGUAAAUGUGAUGAUUGUGAACUGUAGUAAUGAUAAAAGUAGACAGCCAUGGUCCUGAAUUGUGUAACGCUGAUUAUUGGAGCAUAAACCUCUCUUCUGAGCAAAGUAUUUGCAGUGGCUUUUUGGUUACCAUAACUGGCCUCCUUAUCGAGAUGGUCUUGUUUAAGAUCUGGGUGGGUUUUUGGUGUUUUGGUGUUAUGUAGUCAGGCAAGACUCUUAGAUCUCACAGGGUGUUAUGUGUAUAGCGCCAGACAUUCCCAACUACACAACUCUGAACCUGAGCGUUGAAUCAAUCCUCUCGCUAGAUUUAAUCUUGAUGAGCAGUUAUUAACCCUUUCACUUCCAAGAUCAUAUUCAUAAUCUAUUUUUUCGUCUGCCGUACAAUUCGUGUGAUAUCAGUGCAGAAAAUUGUGUAUUGGAUCAUUUAGUAAUUCCGGCCCUUAUUAAUUUAAUUGUUUUCUCUAUUCUCGUCACUUUUCUGCUUGAUGUUGUAUUGAUCUUGUAAGGAGAAAUUCUGUUUUGGUCACUCAUGAGAGUUAAAGGGUUAAAGUAGAAGCUCUAAGGGUGAUGGAGUGUGUGAUUCUCACCAGUGAGGUACUCAGAGUAACGAAUAACCUACUUGCUUAUUUAUUUCUACUUUCUGGCAGCUACCGGUCACGUGAUGAAGUACAGGCCGUACGUAAGACGCGUGAUCCAAUCCUAAGUUUGAGAGAAAAACUUCUGGACUCAGGGCUGGCAGACACCGAUGAAAUUAAGGUACUUGUUGAACAAUAACGCGUAUUUUGUCCAGGUUAAAACAGUGAGUAUGGCAAACUCAAUUGGAAACAUAGUCUCAUCAGGAACGCUCCUUACGGAUUGUUUGUAGGUACAUUGACAACCAAACGGAUCAAUGUCAGUAUCUGGGCAAUAACGCACCUACCCCCCUCCCUUCCCCCAACUCAGCAAUAGUCAACUGAUCGUAAGUUAGGGUUAAUGUUGGGUUAGGGGAGAGGUAAGUGCGCAGUUGCCUAGAUACUGACAUUGAUCCGCGCGAAACAAACACAAACCUAACGAGGAUCUAAAGUUAAAGUUGACAGCACCUUUUUAAAGAGGCUGCCACAAAGAUAUGUAAAGUCGCCUUAAGUUAAAGAUGACUAAGCUUCAAGUUGUUUGCUGAUUCCGUGGCAGGGUAUCGAGCAGGAGGCCAAACAAUUGAUCGAAGAAGCUGUUAAAGCAGCCGAGAGCGAUCCUGACCCUACUCUGGAUGAUCUCUAUUUGGACGUGUACGCGGAUGAUAACAUGGAAGGUCAUGUGAUUCGUGGAUGCGACAACUGGUCAAGGCACGCCACGAAUUAAAGACGAGCAAUGUAACGUUGUUGAAAAAUCUUUAAAGACUACGUAUAUCCGAAAUUUUGAUAUCUAACAUCAUUUGUAAAGUACUUGAUUUUAUUCUUCAACUGUGUGGGUGUGCCUGAGGUUUGAAAGCCUCGAAAGUGUCAUAUCUAAAAAAUGUUAGAAAUCUUAACGGGUUCGGCAUCUGUUGAACCAAGGUACAAAAUAAGCGGUGUUAUCGCAUUCUUAUAAACUUGUAAUAUCGACCUGGAAGUUAUAUUUUGUCUUUGCCAUUCUUUGGCACUCUUUAAAACAAAACACUGAACAAAAAUUUUCACUGGAAAGCUUGUUGCAGGCUUGUUAAUCUUUAUUAAAGGGUAGGACUUGAAAGACAUUAUUUGAAACGAAAACUUACAUGAUUUUGUGGUUUAAAUAUCUGAAAAUGCAUGUAGGUAACCAAAUUUUGUGCCAAACGGUGUAAAGAGUGAUUCUGAUGUGCAAGAGAAAGCUGCGAUCUAUGUCCUUUAAAGGAGUCAACUAAAAGGAGAAGGUUUAUUUUAGCUUACUUUCAACGACCAGUUGGCUGUCAAAAUCAUGAAUAAGAAGGUUUUUUUGACGGGAUUUGAAUCAGGAUGAAAUUAAAUAAAGGAAUCGUGUGUUUUAUUUAUUUCUAGUGAUCUGUGACUCGAAGCUAGGUUUUGUCUUGAUUAACCCGUUGUGACAAACACACCAAACUUCUGUUUUCAUUUAGCUUAUUUCUAUAUCUCACCCCGAGAACUCCGAGCCUGUUGCAAGCGUUCAUUUAGUUAAACGAGGCGAGAUGUAGAAACGGCGUGAUAAUAACGGUAGAGCAAGAAAAAUGACAGAGGCUUCACUCGGUUCGACUGAAACCUCCCUCUAUUUUUCAAUCCUCCGCCACUAUCAUGCUUUAAACUCUCGCACUUUGUUUUUUCUUAACUUAUCGCCUAGAAGAAUCUAUAUAACUCCCUUUCCUUUCGCAUAACUCUCCUCCUGAAAAUGAUACCCUUCUAGGUAGAGAAUCCCAGUGGUAAGGAGGGGGGAACCUCUCCCCCUAAAAUUGAUACCCUUUUAGGAAGAGAAUCCCAGCAGUAUGGAGGAGAGGAGGGUGAGUGGUGGGAGUGGUCACAUGGGUAAGACUGAAAGGAAGCUUAGCACCAUUGACAAGAACUAGCAGUAGCCAUGCAAAGAGUCCUCUAUGCAUUGAUCUUUCAAAUUACACUUUGAUUAAGGGUAGCUCAUGAAUAAAUAUUAUUUCAAACUGUAUGUUUUGGCACAGAAAUAAAGUGCAAC